AUGGCGCUCAUGCAGGUGGGUGAGUAUGACGCAGCUCGAGAGCUCCGGCCGCUUGAAGGUGUGUUGGUGGAAGUGAGCGGCAUGGAGGAGCUCUAUGAACCUGACUCGCACCUGUACGGUCACGGUGUGGAGCCGUUUGAAGUGAACGGCGAGCGAGGCCGAGUUGUCGGUUGGGACGAGGACGCUGGCAAGUAUUUGGUGCAGACUUUCAGCGGCCACGUGCUGUCCCUUCACGAGGACAAGUUGAUCGAGUAUGAUCCUGCUGAUCCACGGGAUGGAGGUUUCGACGUAGCCUGGCCUCAUGGCCCCACGUCGUUCGGAAUAUUCUCCUCGAUGGUCUCCGAGAACAUCAAGUCCAAAGGUGUUUGCGUCAUCCAGAUGAUGCUGGGAGAUCAUGGUGUCGAGAACGCCGUGGAGUACGCGAAAACUUUGCAGUUUGGGGCGUUGAGGGACGACGUCGAGGAGGAGUAUCUCGGAACUGGGGCUGAUACCAGCAAGGUCUGUUGGUUGCAGUACGAGUCUCCGGAUGAAAUUGGUGUUGAAACGACCGGCAUGAGGGCAUACGACGUGGAGGAGUUCGGCUCUGACAUGACGCUUGAUCAUCUAGAUGGCCUGGCGUACUGCGACAAGGCGCUGACGGUCAUGGCCGCAUCAAUGUGGCCACUGACGCCCGAGUUCGAGGGGGACAAGGCCUUCGUCUCCUGGGGGCGCACGAACCCGCUCGUCCGUGCGAGCGUAGAGCCAGGCGAGGAGCACCAUGUGAGGUCGACGCCCGUAGACGUGGACCCCGGCAACGGGGCGGAGACCCACACGCAGUUCGUGGCCUCGAAGAGGCUGUGCCUGUUCUAUGUGGUCAACAGCGGCGGCGGGAGCCUGGAGCUCACACCAAAGAGCGAGGCCUACGACUUCGAGGAGACGGUCAUCCCACUCUCAAAGAACCAGUUGGUGAUCUUCCGCUGCGAUUACCAGGGCUUCUCCUUCAGCUACAAGCCCCUGGGCGAGAACCUGGCCCUCCAGUCCUGGGUGUUAGACGUGCCCCGCGACAUCCAGGAGAAGGAGGAGCAGCUCAGGGUGAUCGACGGCCCCGAGGAGCCCAUGGGCACCAGGAGCAACAUCAUGUCUGUCAUGACGCGUUACCCUGGUUGCGGGCACGACCCGCGCGCAUACUGGAACAUGUUCUUCGCGUCCACGGAUGGGCAGUUGGAAGUACCUAUCUGCAGGUGGGAUAUCGACAUCUACUACAAAGCGGAACACACCAUCGGAUACUCCCACCAGAAGCACGGCGGGAUGCUGCAGCAGGCGGAGAUAGAGUGUUUCGACAACGCUUUCUUCGGCAUCUCCGAUGCCGAGGCCAGCAUCAUGGCCCCCUACCAGCGAUGCUUGCUGGAGGUCGGCUACGAAUGCCUCACCCGCGCCGAGUACAAGAGGGACGACCUGCGGGGCUUCAGCUGCGGUGUCUUCGUUGGCGACUCCGGCUCCGACUGGGAGGAGUUGGCGCGGCCCACCGACCUCCUGCAGAGCUACAAGGCGGGGCGCGAGCGCUCGGUCGCGUCGUGCCGGCUGUCGCACAUCAUGGGCAUGGUGGGGCCCGUCUUCACUGCCGAGACGGCGUGCUCCUCCUCCCUGGUGGCCCUCGGGAUGUGCCAGCAGAGCAUGCGGCUCCAGCUGCCGGAGAAGGGACAGGGCACGCCCCACAUCGAUUCCCACGUCGAGCACGGUCUCGUCUUGGGGACCAACACCAUCAUCGGCACCAAGUCGUACAUCGCCCUUAGCGGGCCAGGCAUGUUGUCGCCUCAGGGACGCUGUUUCACGUUCGACAAUACGGCGGAUGGGUAUGCUCGCGGUGAGGGCAUCGGUGGGAUCAAGAUGAAGCUGUGCGACAGCAGCAUCGCCGCGUCUGGCCGCAUGUGUGUGCUGGUCGGGGCGUGCGUGAACCAGGACGGCAAGAGCGCCAGCAUGACGGCCCCGCACGGGCCUUCGCAGCAGGAGGUGAUCAGGGCCUCCAUGCGCGAGGGCGGCCUCGACACCUCCGGCAUCACCAUCGCGGAGUGCCACGGGACCGGGACCGCCUUGGGCGACCCGAUCGAAGUCGGGGCCUUGCGCGGAAUCUUCAACGCGAGCCGGCAGACCCCCCUCCUCUUCACCAGCGCGAAGACGUGCCUGGGCCACCUGGAGGCGGGCGCAGGAGCUGCGGGCUUCAUCAAAUGUUGCAUGAUGUUGCAGUUUUCCGUCGGCAUCCCGAACAACCACUGCAGGUCGCUGAAUCCCCACUUGGACGUGGAGGGCUUCCCAGCGUAUUUCGACUCCGAGGCGGUCGACUUCGGACAGAACAGCGGCCUCACGGGCGUCUCGUCGUUCGGCUUCGGGGGCACUAACGCGAGGGCAGACGUGUGGGGGAAUUGCCAGCAGGCGCACCGCUACAGCGUAGCUGGAACGGUGACGAAGAGGCGAGAGAUGAUCUUCUGA